GCCCACCCUCCUGACCUGAAGAAAUCUAUGGACGAUAAGUUACCGUUGAAGUUAAGUGGUGGCAGACAUGUACAAGGAAUACUGCGGGGCUUUGAUCCCUUCAUGCACCUUGUGAUUGAUGAGUGUGUGGAGAUGGCCGCUAGUGGGCAAGAGAGCAACAUCGGAACGGUGGUCGUCCGAGGAAACAGCAGCAUCACGUCGGAAGCCCUGGAAAGAGUCUAA